GCAGUGACGUCACCGCUGUCAUUGAGGAGUCUCAUUCAAACUUGUGGAAAGUGGUUUUAUUUUUGUUUAUAAACUUCAACAUUCCGUGUUUUUUUUGUUUAUCGCGCAGAUCUCUUGAGUUGUAAUUACCGUCGGCAAUGUUUCUCUUGCUCGUUUGAAGUAACAAACGGUCGUUAUCGCCCCGACGUCUUCGUUGUGGUCCGAGAUGUCGACUCGCCUCGUAGGCCGAGGCUUUUUUCGGUUUUCCUGGCGGCGCCGCGGGGCCGAGGGGACGAGGCGCGGUCAGGCGACCACCGGUAGCGCGGGAGAGCGCCGCGUCAUCCUCUCGGGGGUGCAGCCCAGCGGGGUGCCUCACCUGGGGAAUGUGUUUGGAGCCAUGGGGACCUGGAGACAGCUGAUGAGACACGGGGACACGCGCGACUCGCUGUCGAUGUUCUGUGUGGCCGACCUCCACGCGCUCACCGUGACCCCCGACCCCCGCUUGCUGUGGCGUCGCUGCCGCAUCACGGCAGCCGCUCUGGUGGCCUGUGGGGUGGACCCAGCCCAGAGCGCCCUCUUCCUGCAGUCGCAGAUCCCGGAGCACACGGAGUUGUCCUGGAUCCUCGGCUGCCUCACAACCACAGCCAGACUCAGCCACCUGCACCAGUGGAAGGAGAAGAGUCGGGGCCGGGCGGAGCUGGGCAGCCUGGGCCUCCUCACGUACCCCGUGCUGCAGGCGGCCGACAUCCUCCUCUACAGGGCCACACACGUCCCUGUGGGUGAGGACCAAGCCCAGCACCUUGAGUUGACACUCGACCUGGCCCGGGCGUUCAACCACCGCUACGGAAACUACUUCCCUCUGCCCCAAGCAGUGCUCAGCGACUUCCCUCGAAUCCGUUCCCUGCAGGACCCCUCGUCCAAAAUGAGCAAAUCGCAGCUCCCAACCUCCUCCACCACCUCCACCACCUCCACCACCUCCUCCUCGUCGCCGUCCCCAGUGGGGCGUCCUGGCCGCCGCGUCUCCCUGGGCUCCGUGCUGCUCUCCGACUCGGACGCGGCCGUGCGCCUCAAGCUGCGUCGCGCCGUCACCGACUCGCUGCCGGGCGUCUCCUACGAGCCGGCGACGCGCCCCGGCGUCUCCAACCUGCUGGCGCUGCACGCGGCCGCCCUGGGCCUGCGCCACCCCGAGCUGGUGCCGGGGGGCGGCGCCGCCGCCACGCCGCGGGGGUACAAGGAGGAGCUCGCCGAGGACCUGCUCCGCCUCGUGGUGAGGCCGCUCCGCUCGCGAUUCCUCCGCCUCAUGGCCGGGGAGAGCGUGCCCCCGCUGGACGGAGGCGGAGGCAGCGGUGGCGGUGGCUUGACCUGGAUGGGCAGCGACGGCGCCAGCGACGGCGGCAAGGAGUUUGGGUCGUGUGAGGAGGGGGGGGAGGAGGAGGAGGAGGGGGAGAUGGGUGAGGAGGAGGAGCGUGGAGACGUGGGAGGGGACCUCUCCCAGUGGGGCUUUCUGGGACGCGUCCUGGAGGAGGGUCGGGAGCGAGCGUCCCGCGUGGCCGUCCACAACCUCCGGGAGGUGAAGCGGCUCGUGGGGCUGCCACCGUGACGGAGCCCCACGGCGACUCCCCCCCCCCCACCGGCACUUUGUGUCGAUCCUUCAUUAGGCGGGGACGGGAUCUGAAUAUCACUGGGGUCCCACUCAUGCACUGACCCCACCCACUAAUACACCUAAUCACACACCCGCUCACCCAUCCACUCACUCACUCACUCACCCACGCACUCACUCAUCCACUCACUCACCCACUCACUCGCCCACCCACUCGCCCACCCACUCGCCCACCCACUCGCCCACCCACUCACUC